AUGGACAAGAUAAAAGACUUAAGACGGAAGCUCUUCCUCCUCUUCAGUAUUACCUUCGUCAGCAUUGUCAUCUUCACCGUCAGCUCACCCAGGAGGAACAGAUCUAUCCCGGCUACGAGCAUUUACCCCUCUCAUGUCUCUGAUCAGACCAUCACCCCCCUCAACAACACCAAGCACCUUCUGGUGUCGGCCUUCAUGGACCAGAGGGUGAAAGGCUUUGAUAUACGCAUCAUUGGCCUCUUCAGGAGAGACUCCAUCCAACCCCUCCAUUGUCGGUUCUGCUGUGAAGGUUUCUUGUCGAUCUCCACUCCAGCAAACAUUUUACAACAUUCAGACAACUUUGGAUUUCCCUUCGUCGCGACAGAUGUCAUGUGUCUGAUUCCUGAAAACUGCAAAGCUACACAUGUCACUCUUCUGACUCAGCCAGAGAGUGGGAUUGCACCUAAACAGAUCUGGCUCCCGAUAAGAAACAGAAAGACCAACAUGAACAAGGAGGAAAAGUUGCACUUUAACUUCACAGUCUGCAUCUCCAACCUGUUUGGAGACUACAACAACGUGCUUCAGUUCGCCCAAACCCUGGAGAUGUACAGGUUGCUGGGAGUGGGCAGAGUGGUGAUCUAUAAAACCAGCUGUGGCCCAGAGCUCGAGCGUCUGUUGGAGAUCUACAGCCAGGACGGCUUCCUGGAGAUAGUUCCUUGGCCCAUCCACCAACAUCUGAAUCCAUCUACAGGUUGGCUCUUCUCAGAGCACGGAGGGGACGUGCACUACUUUGGCCAGUUAACCACGCUCAAUGAGUGCAUUUACAGAUCCAUGGAGCGCUCACGCUACGUCUUGCUGAACGACAUCGAUGAGAUUAUAAUGCCUUACCAACACGACAACUUGAUGUCUCUGAUGAACAUGCUCCAAGAGCAGCAUCCAAAUACAGGGGUGUUCCUCAUCGAGAACCAUAUUUUUCCCAAAAAACACUUUGAGCCAAGUGGAAGGUUUCACCUGCCGCAAUGGAACGGGCUGCCAGGAGUUAAUAUUCUGGAGCACAUCUACAGGGAGGAACCCAGCAUAAACGUAUACCAUCCGCACAAGAUGAUAGUUCAGCCAAGGUUGGUGGAGCAGACUUCAGUGCACGAGGUGAUCAAACAUAUGGGGAAUCACUUCCAGGUUCCACAAGAGAUCAGUCGGAUCAUUCACGUCCGCGUGGCCCUACAGGGGGCGCUGACGGUGGAACAGCUCAAUGUGGACAACCGACUGUGGGACUUCCAUGAAAAACUGGUUCCCAACGUGGACAAGGCGCUGAAAAGAGCGGGACUGCUGAACUCGGAGGGGCAGGGCUGAUGGACGGGACUGCACGGACAGGAGAACUCUGAAUUAAACGCAGUUCAAGUGUCAAGGAUAGUCUGGAGAGCUGCAGAGGUGCUGGUUGAUGAUAAAUGGGACUAAUUGGUUUAUUUUUUUUUAUUUAGUUAUAGGUUGCAGCCAGCUCAGGUCUUUUUCUUCACUGUCCCUCAUCACAUCGACAUUAAUUACAGUAAAUUAUGAAAAUCCGUAAUUAGAUUUCCUUGAGACAGGUGAUAACAGGUUGAGCUUCUGAUGGGAAAAUGCAAAAUGUGAGAGAAAUCAAAAUGUCCAAUACACCUGAGGGUAUAUUCUUGU